GUUAUCGCUCGUUGUUUUCGCUGUUCGUCGUUAAUGCAUGUGCGUACUUUGAGUAUACAUAUUUAAAUAAAUGUCUGCGUUACGCAGUAAAUAUUUUACGUUGGGUUAGGGUUAGGUCGAGCUGUGUGUGAUCGCGUGUAACGAACAAUUCUAAACAACAUAAUGUGAGUGUGUUAUCAUGAUGCUAACCAGCCCUGUGUUUGUAUUUCGUAGGCUCAAGUGUGUGGUUGUGAGAUCUUCUCGAAAUAAUUUUAACAGUUCAGAUGUCGGACUACAAAGAGUGCUACAGAGAGUCAGUGUUUCACUAUCAGACAGGUGCCAAUAGAGCUAAAUGACAAAACACCUCUCUGCACUUACAACAUUGAUGGACGAUUGCUCCUGACACCCAGACGUUUCAUAUUAUUGAACUGAAGAUUGGUUGAAGCAGGUAAACAGAUGACUGCAACAUUCUCUUGGAGCUGUGCGGACCAGUGGCUCCAUGAAUAAACUGCUCCACUACAGCAGCUGGCCUUCCAUACAUCCCUUCGUUCAAGUGGUGUCCCAGUAUUUGUGUUGACCAGGAACCAAAAGAUGGCUGCUGCCCAGAAGCAUGUGCUGCGUGUGUAUGUUGCACGAGACACUGCCCUGAAGCUUACUCUACUCGAGCGACCAAAGUCAGUGGAGGAGCUGAAAGAAAUAAUGCAAGAUAGGUUCAAGCCGAGACUGGAUGGGGACUUUAGCCUGCACUAUGAGGAUCCAGACUUUGAUGGUGAUCUUUGUCUUCUUGUGGACAUCCAGGAGUUACCAGAGAAGGGCACAUUGAGAGUCGUCAGGCCUGAAGGUGACACCUCAUCUACUGCAUCUUCUGACACAGACAUACUCCCAUGUGUAUCUGCGUUACAGCGCCAGAAGAGUUGGCCUGAUCACUUUGUUGUUCCUGGUUUUGAUUAUGAAAUGGAGCAUAUACUAGAAGAAGGAAAUCGUGUUUAUGAAGAAUCAGGAAAAAUGCUGAAGUUAAAGAGGUCACAGAAGAGUGAAAUCCUUAAAAAAAUGGCAGAAAUGAUCUACAGUUUUAAACCAUACCCACAUGAAAAGGAAUUGGCAAUUGCUGCUAAAGCAUUGAUUACAGCUCAUCCAUGUCUCAGAAUGACGGCUGGUGAAGACGGGGAGUUGGGAUGGAAACGUCACAUAGGGUACAAGGUUGCGUCCUACCGUAACAAUCUGGCCAAAGUUGGGGUUGCAGAAGUAGCCAUCAACACAGGGAGGCGGAGCCGAAACAACCCCGACAAAUGA